AUGAUUAUUGCGAUGUCUUCUUGGGCGUAUGUUCUCAAUGGGGCUUCCAUCGGUCUCUCAGCGGCUGGAACGGGCGGCACUAUCACGAUUUACAUCUGCUGUGCGGUGUCGUACACGUCGAUCGUGUUGUCCAUGGCGGAGCUUUCGAGCAUGAUCCCGUUGGCUGGAGGGCCUUAUCAUUGGGUUUCUGUCCUGGCUACAACGAGAUGGCGUCGCAUCCUGAGCUACACUGCGGGCUGGCUAUUGACACUAUCAUGGUCAUGCGGAGUCGCUUCGGGAAUGUUCAUUUUGGCCUCCAUGAUCAGAACGACAGCAAUGAUAGGAGACCUGGAUCAAGUCUCACAACCGUGGCAGGUAUACCUCAUUACACUUGCGGGCAUCACAGCAUGCACAGCAUUGAACAACAUCGGCGUUCGAUUUCUGCCAGCACUUGAAGUCACCGCUGCUAUCGUCUUUGGUGUCGGCUUGAUCGUGACAAUUGUCGUCUACGCUGCUAUGGGCUCGAAGAACGAUGCUACUACUGUCUUCAACACGUUUGAAGAUGGAGGAGGCUGGGGCAAUACUGGCUUCGCUGUUCUCACCGGACAUCCAUUUGCGCUAUAUUGUCUGUUUGGCAACGACGGUGCCGCACAUAUGGCUGAGGUAUGCGAUUCUCGCCACUCGGUCGUAUAUCUUUCUCACAUUUCUCAGGAAACACGAGACGCCUCACUCAACGCUCCAAGAGGAAUGCUCUGGUCAUAUGUUUUUGGUGCGACCUCAGGCUUGGGAAUGCUCAUUCUGUUCUGUUAUUGCUACACCGAAGAAGCAGCUAUAACCAGCGAGACCUACGGCUACGCUUUCAUUGGCGUCAAUUUAGUCGUUACUGGGUCUAUAUCUGGUGCCAAGGGCUUGACCUCUAUUGUCAUCAUCUUGACAUUACUCAGCAUAAACAACUUCGUGGCAGCUUCUAGCCGUCAAUUGAUGGCAUUUGCAAGAGAUGGCGGUGUCCCUUUCGGUCGAUGGGUGUCACGAAUCCCUCCUGGUCUCAAAUACCCCAUCAAUGCUGUCUUCGUGGUCGCUAUAUUCUCAGCACUGCUCAAUCUCAUCACGCUAGGCAGCACAGUCGCAUUCCAGGCAAUCGUCAGUCUGACGAUCAUCGCCUUCAUCGGGACAUACGAACUGGCCAUAUAUGUUCUCCUAUGGCGCCGCCUCAACGGCUCCCUGCCUCCGGCACGCUGGUCGUUGGGGCGACUUGGGCUACCCAUCAAUAUCUUCGCUGCGUUGUACGGCCUACUUAUUUUGGCUUUCAUUGCAGUACCACCUACCCCUGAAUUCGAUGCAGCGACGUUCAAUUGGGCAUCUGUGAUUUUCGUUGGCCUUAUGCUGCUAGCAGUCCUGUUCUACCUUGUAGGAGGACGAAAGAGCUUCGAGGGCCCUGCUCUGAAGCCUUUGGAUCUAGACAACGACAAGACGUAG